AUGGCUGUUAUGGAGCCGGAUCCACCUCCGGACCUCCAAAAAUUUCCUUCAAAAGAUGGAGUGGUAGAUAUCGACGAUACGAAUCCAACGCAAAAGGAAUCGUCUCAAUCCGACAUCCGAAGCUCCGGGAAUGUUGAAAAAACAGCCGCGAUGACUGUUCAUCUUCUCCAAGAACAUGCUGCCGUUGAUCGAGAAAUCGAUUUUAAUUCAAAUUCUGUGAUUUGUUUUGAAAAAACACCAAUUGGGGAUGUUAGAGAAACAUCUAAUCUACAACAUAUCAGAAAUUCAAGUGAUUUCACCGUGGCAAUUGAGAGAAACGAAGCUGCGACUGUUCAGGGAAAUUCUGGCGAAUCGCCAGCCAAUCGGACUGCGAUUUGCACGUCUUACGGCGACAUUCGAGAUGGCACACCACCUGGGUUUUGUAACCCACCUCGAGGCGCCCCUCAUACUAAAAGCCCAACUCCAUUGGACGACGGUGGCGCCGGCGAUACACUGUCGAAUUCCGACGUCGGAGUUCCGGCGACAUUCGAGCUUCCAGACCAAUGCCAUCUUGUAGAGGAGCUCAAUACGAGUACAAUCAUACAAAAAUCGCCACCAUCCUCUAAGUCAAACUUGUCGAAUAUCAAUUCGAAUAAUUCCGGCGGUGAGGCGAUUUCAGGCAGUGGCGGCGCCGCCGCAUGUGAUGGUGAAAACUCGAAAUUGUCAGUGGGUUUUGUGGAUGAUCAUACAAGGAACACCAUUAACCAAAAAGCCCCAUCAUCCACAACUCCUAACACUUUGAAUUUGGAAAUUAGGGUUGCACCACCACCUGCCGGAGGCGGCGCAGCGGCGGAGCCCCAAACUCAAAAUUGGCAAUGCCAAACUGCUCAACACAAUGAGGGGAGUCCACCAAUGCAAAAAGCCCCAUCAGGUAUGCCUCAUUUCAAUUCGAAUUUGACUUUUAGGGUUUCCAAUUUGUCUAGUACUAACACCAGUGGUGGCGCCGGAUCUCCGGCGAUCGGAAAAAAUAUUUUUGAAUUGAAUUUUAAUCCCCAGCAUCAAACUAACCCACAAGAACAAAAUUUUUCCAAAAAAGAUCCCUCCAACAAUUCAAACGUCGAUUCUAGUCUUGAUCCUAAAGAAAAAACCACCGGAACCAUCUUUCCGGUGAACGCCCAAAAUAAGUCUCAAAGUAAAAGUAACCCUCAUACUCUUAGGAACGAAAUAAACCAAACAACACAAUUUUUAGGCACCUCCAACUCAAAUUCUAAAAUUCCAACUUGUGUCACUAGGGGCGAAAACAGUCUUAUCGUGCCCGAAGCUGUUUUGGUUGAUCGUAUCACCACCUUGGGCAAUCCUAGCACCUCCACUAAUCCUAAACAUACCAACCACCCUCCCGUUUCAGACUUUCCCCCCAUCUCAUCCAAUUUCCAAAAAUUUGACCCAAAAAACUCUAAAAAUCCGAUAGUGUCCUUUACCCCCAGUGCGCUACCUCCUAAGACUAAGUCCCCUAACAACCAACCCACCACCACAAAUCAUCCUCCACCCCCUAUAGCAAAGCAAUCCAUGGCCACAAGACUAAGAGCUAAACAAGCCGAGCAUACAACCAGAAUUGACCUAACACCUCCAAAAAGGGUGACAAAACAAGGUUGUCCAGCUAUCAUGUUUAAGAGAGAAGACUACAUGGUUAAGAUGGCUGAAUCAUGUAAGUAUACUCUCAUAGGCAAGUUCUACAGUCCAAUACCCAAGAUGGAGGUACCACUAGAAGAAACCACCACCACAAAUCAGGAAGGAAGUCGCAAAGCACAGGAGGACUCAACCAACCAAAAUAGGAAUCAAAUCUCAAACAACCAAUGGGAAACCCAAAAACGAAGAAACUUCAAAGGUAAGACUCAAACUGUGCAAAAUACCCAAACGAUACAAGGCAACACUCAACAGCACGAGCAUCAACCAGGUAUUGACUCAAUGCUCCCAAUCCCCCAUGGCUCCCCCAGUAGUUUUAAUGUAUUGAAUGUUUUAACUGCUGCUGCUGAAGUAGUUAACGGAGGUGAGGAUGGUGGGAUUCAGGAGAAGCCAACUAACCUGCAGGAAGGGCAUUCUUCUUCCCAGCAUGUUAAUAAAAGAGAUUCAGUUGAUGCUCAAACAAUGGCCUCCAAACUGCCCCCUGCUGUGACCAUUGGAUGUGAGACCACAGUUGAUUCUGGAAGGCUUUCAAGUCCUUCUUUGAGAACUGAGCAGCAGCAGUUCAGGAGUGUAGAUGUAGGGGCAAACCAGAGCCAAAAAAUGACUCAACAGGUUGCUCAGAACCUGGUGCACAAUAGGGCCACUCAGAUGCAGAAACAAAGACCUGCAGAUGCUCCUAUUCCCACCAAGAAAAUGACCAAUACUGCAGCCCCCUAUCAGCCUCAAAACUCCCAGGAAAAUAGGGUGCACAAUAAGGCUACCCAGAUGCAGGGAUCAAGACCUGCAGCUGCAGGUUUAGAGCAAAAUUUGCAUGGUUUUGGCCCUAUUUCAGCUUCUACUCUGAAGGAAAAGAGUGUGCAAGUUGUGGCCCCUAAACUAAUAUCAAUUCAGCACAAUAGUCAAGGUGUAGAUCACACUGAAAAUGUUGAAAAUGACCAACAUUAUGGUUGCAGUUUCAGCAUUACUUCAAGUGAUCAAACCUCUAGUCUUAGUUCCCACCAAGUGCAACAUUCUAACUCCAAACAAAAAGACAAUGCAACCAUUAGUGGUAUAGAAUUCUCAGCUAGUCCUAGUCCCUAUAACCAGCAAGCUACCUCUAAAACACUACGGAAAAAGAGAACUAGAAAGAAGAAACAAGAAAAGAAGCAAGAAGCUGCAACCCCUACCCCUCCAACCACUGCUGAUACAGGUGGAAAAGAUAACAAUGGUAAGGUGUUUUCAAACUCUUGCUCACAAUAUGUACUCUUAGAUCAAAGCACACCAAUAAGGAGCCCUGAUUUUAGUUGUGAAGACCCUCUUAAUCUUACCCCUUUGAAUAUUCAGCCAGCUCCUUUUACGCAACCUGAAAAUGCCACCAACAUCCUUUGCACUAACAAUGAUGCUCAAACUUCAACUCCUGAUAGUGAUGAUGAAUAUGGGGUUAUUCAUUCGGAGGAUGAAUAUGACCAAGACUUUCAAGGUGAGGUUGAACUUGAGAAUGAAGAAGAGACUGAUGAACAGUCCAAUAGUAUAGCUACACCAUCCAAGACCACUACUAAGGUCACGAAUGAUGAGAUGAACCAGCUAGCUAAUAAGCAAGGCCUAUCACCUAGAGGCAUUCAUCAUAAUCCAAAAUUUACAACUAUUCAUGCUCCUAUUAGCAGACCAAACACUAGGCUCCACAACCUUAGAUCCCAUCAAUGA